AUGAGCUAUAACAGAACAUUCACUGGGCUAGAAGUAUUGAAUGUAGGUAUCCGACUCGAUCUAUCGUCCGAGCCCGAGCUGCAUGGCGAGUGGUACUACAGGGAAGGUCUCGACCCAGAGAAAGGAUUCGAUCCAAACGAUGGUUACACUUUUGAGUUUGUCAAAUUGCCAGAAGAGCACCCGAAUGAUAACGCGAUGAAUGUGAGACGUGAAAGACGCCUCGAAACAGAUGACGGGACAGUCGAUCCAAGCUUCUUGCGUAUAUGGAUCAACAGUUUCCAAGACAUCCAUCGAUCUUGGUGCUCUAUGAUGGCGAAGCCUAGAGUCAAACAUAUAAUCCGAGGCUUCAAAUUGAUCGACAUUAUAGAUAUGAGGGUUGUGGAUGCUACGACUAACGCCACAUAUGUCGCUCUGAGCUAUGUAUGGGGCACAUCAACAGAAUGGCUAAGGUGCAGCCAAAGUAACGUCGAGACUUUGCAGCAAAUGCGCGGACUUUCAAGGCUCUACAGCCAGAUUCCUCAGACCAUCCGUGAUGCUAUGACGAUAUGUAAAUAUCUUGGCGUUCGGUAUCUUUGGGUGGAUGCUCUGUGUAUCGUCCAAGACGAUCUUUGUCAGAAGGCGCAACAAAUCGCAUCCAUGGCAUCAAUUUACCAAGGAGCAAAGCUAGUUUUGGCAGCAGCUCACGGUCGAGAUGCAAACGCUGGUCUCUCGGGGGUGAGCACCCAUCGAUUCCCUCCUCGACUCAGUCAGAGAGAGGAAUGCGUUGAUCCGAAAUUGCGACUCUCACCUGUGAGCCCAACUCUUUCGGACAUUUUGCAUAGAUCUUGUUGGGGUUCCCGAGGGUGGGUAUAUCAAGAAUUCGCUCUCGCACCUCUGACCCUCAUUUUCACAUCAGUUCAAAUUUUUCUCGCCUGCGACUGUAGUGCCUGUUCUAUUGAAUUACAUGCGCUUGUUGCUCUGGAGAAUGAUGAACAAGAUCAGAUGGCUCUGAAGAAUGCAAUCAUUGAACCUUCAUAUUUCAGUGCGACGCCAUAUACCGAUCAUUGUCUCUCCCUCGACUUUGCGGGAUACCUUCGUGAGUAUACCAAGAGGGCACUGACCUAUGCUGAAGAUAUCUUGUUUGCUUUCUCCGCCAUAAUGGCAAAACUAGAGCAGAAGUGGAACACGACCUUCGUGUUUGGACAUCCACAGAAGUUAUUGAGCUCUUCGCUACUUUGGACCCACCAAGGAUGGGAAACGGAUAUUAGUCUAAGGGAAUGCCCUGUCCUUGUAACGCAAGGAGAAGCAAUGAAGAAAGUCAAACUACCCAGCUGGUCUUGGGCCGGCUGGGUGGGCGCCAUUGACCUCGAAGCAAUUUUGCACCAACAGAACUCUUCUGGCUACACCUGCGAAGGAGAUUAUGUGCCUGGGGUCGUAGACGCAGAAUGGAAGCUAUCUUCCGACAAUGUGUCUCUUGGAUCAGAUGACCUAAUUCGAGAUACUCUGCUCCAAGCCAACGCAUGGACAAUAUUUCUCGACAUCGGGCCACCCGAGACGCAGCAACGACCUGGACGUGACAGGGGAAGUUAUCCCAUCACAUUGAUCGGAAGUGAUGAGGUCGUUUCUUCUAUCUCGAUCCCUCCUAGUCCAUACUGGCGCAGAAGUCGUGAAAGAGGCACGCAUUACGAGUUUGUGGGUAUCAUGGCAAGGAAAAGGAGCACUUUCUACCGAGGGCUUGACCGGCUGCAGUUCUAUUAUGGAGAGGAUAUGAUCAUCACUGAUGAUGCUCAAGACAUUGUGGAUGUCAUGCUCAUUGCACGACGUCCAGAUGGUAUAGCAUAUCGAGUUGCGAUUGCUGGCUUACAUGAAGAUGAUUGGAAAGCCGCAAACCCAGUCAGAAAGCACAUCAUCUUAGCUAAUCAGCUGAUCACCGAUAGCAACGAUGAUGAUCCCAAUGAGCCGACGGUUUCUCACGUUGAUUUAGGAUUUAACGAAUUUUGA